AUGUCGAAACGCAUGCAGAACUUGAUCAUGGAGAUACUCCAGGCGCAGCCAUCGCUUCGAGACUCGAAAACCUAUCUCAACAGCUUUGCACCUCGCAAGCCUCCACCGCAACGCAAACCAACAACUCCUUCACACCAACACCCCGCUUCAUCCGACUCUAGCAACAGCAUCGCAUCUUCGUCCUCAGCAGCACACUCACUCAGCCACCCUGAGUUCCCCAUCCCGCACAACAUCGCCCACCCCGGUAGUCUGCACAACCCUUCCACCACCACCUGGGAUCCCCAACACUCAAUAUCCCUCGAGAUUGAUCCCCAUGCAACCAUUCGUCCCGAUCAAGCUACACCGAAGCUUCCCAAGGCCAUCCUCGACAUCCUCCAGGAACACAAGCAGCGCUCCAGUCAAGACGCUGCAUCGCGCACUGAACAACACAGAUCGGCACCGCAUCAUGUCACCCCGCAAGAGAGCUCGACUGUGGCCAUCCCACAGGUCACACCCGUUUCAGACGCGCUGGCCGACUCGCAUACUGCCCUCGUCAAGGUACAGGGUCCCUUCACCGAUCGUCAGCUCGACUCGAUCGCAGAGGGUCUCGUCUACCUCAAGCGUCUCGGCCUCGUCAGUGUAGUCGUCGUCGACCAGGACGAUUGGCCAGAGAUCUCGGCCGACAUCGAUCGUGACGGCCAACUCGUGGCAGGCAAAGACGAAGUGGAAGAGCGACGCAUGGGCGACUGGCUAGCUGCCCAUCCGGCGCCAGCUUCUGCUCAGACGGCGUCCUCCAAGGGCAAGCAGAAGGCAUCCGAGAAUGGUCGCUCGAGUAUGCUUGGUCGGAAGCAGGAACGCCUCCGCAAGCGAAUCAUGGCAGAGACACUGCGAUUGACCGACAGCCUCAACCGUAAGGGUGCCAUGGCUCGACCCUUCCCUCAGGCUGUGGUCAAGGUUGAUGCUCACUCCGCUGCCCGGGUAGAGGCCGAGGUGCGCCAAUUUCAGCAAACGCAAACAUCGGGGGAAGCCCAGCCUGGUGACGCCGUCGUAGCCGGAUCCUCGUCUACAUCGCCGACCGUUCACUACGGAAGCAGCGGCGAGCAGCGUCUCCGUCCACCGCUUGUCUCGGACGACAGUCUCGCCUCGAUCCGAUCGGCCCUUGCAUCCGGCCAGAUCCCUGUCUUGGCACCCUACGCGCUCUUUGAGAACGAAAAGGAUGGCACGCUCGAGACACUCUGCGUGCGAGCCGACGACGUCAUGGUUGCGCUGACCAGGGACAUGGUAGUAGCUGCUAACCGGUCAUUGGAACAGGAAGAGCCAGAGCAAGGUUCAGCAUCGUCUUCAACAGCCAGCAACGACCCACUCGCCGCCUUGACCGGCGGAGAAGUCGACAUGAUGCCUCUUCGGCUCAUGGUCAUCAACCGUGAAGGCGGGAUCCCCUCGCAUGCCCGUGGCGGUGAUCCGCAUCUGUCCAUCAACCUGGCCUCCGAGUAUCACCAGAUCAAGCAGUCUUUCGUCUGGGAUCAAACGCAUCCUACAGCACUGCGCAACCUCGACGCCAUCUCGGACUGUCUCUCGUACAUGCCACAGACCUCGUCCGGAGUGUUGGUCACGCAUCGCUCUCCACGAUCUCUGAUCGCCAACCUCAUCACCAACAAGGCAGCUCACAGUCCCUCCUUGCCGCACCGCCUGCUCGCCAACAAGCAGGAUGUCCGCCACACGCCCACCAUCGUCCGUCCGGGUCUGCCCAUCAAGGUCAUCCAGGACUUUGACAAGAUCGAUCUGGCCAAGAUGGCGGCUCUGCUGGAAGCCUCGUUUCGACGCAAGCUCAACCAGCAAGGCUACUACGACCGGCUGCGCAAGUCGCUCGACUUUGUCAUUGUGACCGGCGACUAUCAGGGUGCGGCUAUCGUCACCAAGGAGUACGCGCCAGAUGACGACCGCGAUGCUGUAGAGCCCAUCGCCUACCUGGACAAGUUUGCGGUGCUUCCCUCGCUGCAAGGAUCGGGCACGGUCGACUUUCUGUGGGGUGCGCUGCGUGACGAAGUGCAGGGUCUAGGCUUGCUCGACGCGCUCAACGACAACGGUGGGCUUGGCGGCUAUGGUAUGGGCCGAGAUCUCGUCUGGAAGUCGCGGGCCAACAACCCGGUCAACCGGUGGUACUAUGAGCGCUCGAAUGGCUUUGUGCGUAUCGACACCGACGCAAAGGGCACCGGCUGGCAGCUCUUCUGGUGCGACGCUGAAGACAAGCUCGCCCGUCUGUCAGGAGAGCGUCGACUAUCAGCAUCCGCAUCGAACCUGGAAGAAGCCGCAGCCAUCGCGCACGACGACAUUGAGCUGGGCCAUGCAUUCGACGACGAGUCCAUCUCACCGUACAUGGACCGCACGCAAGGCAUCAAUGCCUCGGACAACGCCGGCAUCGAGGCCUACGAACGUAGUCGUCGCCUGUCCAAGCCCAAGUUCCACUCGCAACUGCAUCGAGGCAGCAUGAGCUUCGAAGGCGGAGGCGCUCGCAACGAUCUGACGCUGCUUCCUAUUGUGGCGCCGGAAGAGGGCGGAAGGCUGUUGCGCUGGGCCAAGUGCAUGAAGACGAUCCAGGGCGCAUGGGCCGAUUGA